GACUCAGGGCGGUGUACAGGCAGAUAAAAACAGACAAGACAAUAAUCUAUAAAAUGCAAAAUUAAAAAACUUAUUAUACUUUGCCUAAAAUUUUAAAAUAUAUAGAAAUUAAAACCCCGUUUAAAAUUAAUAAUAAAACUAUACAAUCCAUAAAAUUUAAGCCAGCCCCGCGCGAAUAAAAAGAUGCGUCUUCAGUUCGCGGCGAAAGGUCCGAAGGUCAGGUAUUUGGCGUAAACCCGGGGGACUAAUUCCACAAUUUGGAGCAUGUUACAAAUAAAAAUAAGGCCAAUCACUCUUAUCAAGAUGUUUGAAGAGUUCCAGUUUGGUGUGGCGGUGAAGAUGCUGACCCAGAAACCAGGAGACUUGCGGCAUGAAAGAUGGUUGGGGACUCUGGGCCAGUUACUUUCUCUUAGCCAGAGCCACUCACAGGAUUGAGGGGAAAAUAAGAGGAGUAUUAGGUACUUUCUACACCUUCAGUUAUUUAUAGCAAAGGCAGGAUAAAAAUAUAACAACAGAAAUGUCUACUUCAACAUACAUGCAUGAUAAAAAGAAUUCAUGGUGACUUAAACAUAAAAAGCCAGACAAAAUUGAAACCCUCGAGUUUAGACCUCCAGCAACUACCUGGACACACUCAUGCAAAUACAAACAGUCCUCAACUUACAACAGUUCAUUUAGUGACCGUUGAAAGUUACAAUGGCAUUGAAAAAAGUGACAUGAUCAUUUUUCAUAGUUAGCACCUUUGUAGAAUCCCCAGGAUCACGUGAUCAAAAUUCAGAUGCUUAGCAACUGGUUCAUACUUAUGACCAUCGCUGUGUCCGAAGGUCACAGGAUCCCCUUUUGCAACCUUUUGAUAAGCAAAAUCAACGGGGAAACCAGAUUCACUUAACAACCAGGUUGCUAACUUCAUCAAUUGUAGUGAUUCACUUAACAACUGUGGUAAGAAAGGUUGUAAAAGAUGGGGAAAAACUUAACGUUUCACUUAACCACAGAAAUGUUGGGCUCCAUUGUGGUCGUAAAUCGAGGACUACCUGCAUCAGGUACUUUCAAAGCCUUUAGUUAUUUAUAGCAAAGCCAGAAUAAAAAUAUAAUAACAGAAAUUUCUACUGCAACAUACACGCGUGAUGAAAAGUGAAUUAAUUCAUAGGGAGUUCAAAACAAAAAGCCAUACAAAAGUGAAAUCCUCGAGUUUCGACUCCCAGCGACCAACCCGGACACACCCAUGCAACUACAGGCAAUUGCAAGAGAAGGGGAAUAGCUCCUAAAUAUUCCCUUCUUCGCCGGUGGAUCGUGAUGCUCAGUCUAGGUAGCGUACGGUAAACCCUAACCCCAACCUGGCCCGACGCUGCUAAGCUUCCGACUCCAGAGAAGACCGCAGCAAAAGCAACCAACACCCGCCCGUAUAAGCAACAGCCCGGCCCUCCAUAUCAUUCCGUAAGAGAGGAACGGAACGACUCGAACCCUCGAUGCGCCUCCACCCACAAUACACGUGGAACCUUCCGCUCUGACCGACUUUCCGAAAAAAGCCCGAUCAUGUGACGUACAGGCACAUCUUUUUUUUUAUUUUUUUAAAUUAAUUAUAAUUCGGGAAGGGGAGGGCGCGUGCGUGCGUGCUCGCUUGCGAGUGACGGAAGUGACGUUUGUCUAAACAAAAAAAAAACAAAACGAAAAAAAAACCCACCACCAACUCGGUCGAAAACUCCGAGGAGAUAUUUAAAAAGGGACGGCAAGAGCGGCCCGCGGGCCGGAAGUGAGGAUAGGGGAGGGGCGUCGCGAGCAACUUUUUCGUCAGCUGGGCGAGGAGCGUGUCUGAAGAAAGAGAGCGAGAGCGAGAGCUAGAGAGACACGAGAAGAAACCGGAGGGGCGCUCCUCGCCGCCCGAGCGCCUUCGCGGUGGGGAGGGGGGGGGAGAAAGAACCGUUGGAGAGCCCGUCAUGGAUUUCCAUCAAGUCCUCUUGAAGGCCUCGGAACAGCAGGGAUCGAGCGCCAUGUCGAAGAGAUACAGUUUGGCGGUUGGCCCUCCCAAAAAGGAUCCAAAAGUUAAAGGUGUUCAGUCAGCAGCUGUGCAAGCCUUUCUCAAAAGGCAAGAAGAGGAACAGAGGAAAAAGGAACUUAUGGAAAAAAGAAGAAAACAAGAACUACUGGCUAGGCGUGUGGAAAUGAAACAUGACCGAAAAGCCAGAGCUAUGGCUUCACGGACAAAGGAUAAUUUUCAUGGCUAUAAUGGCAUUCCUAUGGAAGAGAAGCCUAAAAAGAAGCAGGGUCAUGAAAAUAGAAGUUCUGGAAGCACAGAAUGUAGGACACAGGAUGAAAUGAAUGAAGUAGAUUAUAAUAUGUCAGAGUCUGAGCAGGAAUCAGAGGAAUAUGAAGAGAAACCCUCCAAAAGUUCAGAAAAACCAAAGGUGCUAGCCAAAAGUGCACCUCCAGCAAUGAAUUUUAAUGAUCUUUUAAAGCUGGCUGAAAAAAAACAGUAUGAGCCAGUUGAAAUAAAAAUUGUAAAAAAGACUGAAGAAAGACCGUUGACCGCAGAAGAAUUAAGAGAGCGAGACUACUUAGAGAAGAGAAACAGAAAAGGGGUUAUACUAAAAGAAAAGAGAUCAGAGAAAGAAAUGAAACAUACAACUGCAUCAGGUUCUUCCAAAAAGGAAAUUUCUCAGAGGGAUUUAGUAAAUGCUAAAGCUAGCAGGCAUUCAGCAGACAAACCUGCCUUUUCUAAAGGAAGCAAUCCCUCGCAAAAUAAUGAUAAGAAAACCAAAGGGCCAGUUUUAAGUGAAAAAUCUUCCAAAUUGGUGUCUAGUUCCAAAGCAAGCCACGUUGAAAAAGUAAAAUCUGCAUCCAAAGUACCUUUAAAAAACCCUCCUCACAAUAAUCACAUUAAACCUGCACCCAGUGGAGGAGGGAAAACUGGAUCUAAAUCCCAAACUGUAGUCUUGAAAACGGCUGCAAAUGGAACUCUCAGACCAUCAUCUAAUAAAGAACCGAGUUUGAAAAAAAAUAGCACCCAUAUAAAAUCAACCAGUGUGGUUUCUACCCAGCAACAAACUUAUAAAACUUCCAGCUCCAAGCAAGCAAGCAACAUUUCAGUUACAGGAGGACCUCCUGCACGAUUGAAGAGCAGCUUGAAUUCAGGCCCCGGGCAGCCAAGCCGCAUUUCGAUUACUGGGCAUGAAUCACGUAGCAUGGGACCCAGGAGAUCAGAAAACAGCUCAGGGCAAGGACAGCAAAGCACAGGACCCAGACGUGCCAGUAAUAACUUAAGCAUGGGAUCUAGUCGACCAAGCAUCACUUCAAGACCAGUAUGUUUAGGCAGUAGCCAAGGCAUAGGACCUGGUCGGCCUAAUUCCAAUGUAAACCCUGGACUUGGAAGGGAUAGCAGCUCAGGACCAGGUCGGCCAAGUAUCACUGCAGCUGGAACUCUAAAGCCAAAGUGCACUGUUGUAUCAGAAACAAUCUCAUCCAAAAAUCUGGUCCCGAGACAGAUGAAUGGAAUGAGGCCAUUUCCUAAUCACAGGCCUGGGAUUACCCCACAAGGUUUUCCAAGACCAUCUCUUCCACCUAUUACCAGUAGCUAUAAAAGAAAGUUUGAAGAUGAAGAUGAAGACGAUUCUGAAAUGGAAGAUUUUAUUGAUGACGAAGGAGAGCCUCAAGAAGAGAUCUCGAAACAUAUCAGAGAGAUAUUUGGUUAUGAUCGGUCAAAAUACAAAGAUGAAAGUGACUAUGCCUUACGUUACAUGGAAAGUACUUGGAAAGAACAGCAGAAAGAGGAAGCCAGAAGCUUGAGACUCGGAGUGCAAGAAGAUCUAGAAGAAAUGAAACGUGAAGAGGAAGAAUUGAAAAGCAGGAAGCAAACAAAGAAGUUGAGAACGCGUUAACCAAUUUGCCAGUUUGGGUUUACUGUUACUCUACUAUUUGUUCCAAAGUUUAGCUUUAGUAGUACUUGCAUAUGAAAGAAUAAGAAAUCAUGUAGAAAAUGGACAUAUAGAAAAUAAGGACUUGGUGCCAGAUUUUAUGGUGCAAAGUUCUGCAGGCCUUGGAGAAGGAAAAUUUGGGAUUGAUUUUUUGCUUUUCCUCAGCACUCAACACCACUUCCCAUACUGUGGAAAUACUGGGAUAUUUUCCAGGGCAGGAUGGGAAUUAGGAACUGCCCCAAAAGAGGAAAUAGAGAGAAAACAUUGGUCUGGCUUUUUCCUUCAGCAGAAAGUUUUUAUUGGAACCCAAUCCCUAUCAUGAACAGAAAUGAUUUUUCUGUGCUCGCAGGGAGGCAACUCUGGAUCCAAAAUUAUGUUCUUUAGUUUGGCGCUCAUAUAUUGACCUUUAAUAAUUGCCAAGUUUCUUUUCUGAAACAGAAAUAAAUGCACUAAUGGAGGAUAUUAGUCGGAGUAAAAAUAAAAAUUAAUUAUUCUAUGAUGUAAAGUAAUUCAAGAAUGCCAGCAGACUGCUGAUUGACUAUGCACUGGCUUACAACGUGGGCUCUAAUAACAAUACAGUCUGUUUUCAUUCCAUAAAAAUUAGAAAAAUGUUUAUGUUCUUUAUCUUUCAAAAGAGGUGUCCUGAGUCAAGAUUCUUAAGUCACUUUUUCUCUUCCUAUAAAGCACAGAUUUAAAAAUGUAGCUGAUGAUGUUGAAAGCAAUAUUAAUAUUUUCUGAUUCCUGCUUGACAAGAUUAUGUAAAAAAACCAAAACUAAUAUUACAAAGCUUUGACAUCACGAGCUGCUAGAAAGAUGAUGUUCCCUGAAAAUAACUCUCAUGGAAUAAGUACAUAGUAACAAACAGUAAGAAGAAAUGAGGCAGCAGCAACAUGGCCAUCAAUAUGAAUUUCCUUCUACUUCCUUGAAAAGAUGUGCUGUUGACACUCAACCCAGGGAUAUUUCUCCCCACUCUUGAAUUGAGAACCCCUCCUAGUUCUGUCUACAUUGGGUUGAAGUAUCACUGAAAACCCAGUUGACUAAUUAUUUUCUUUUUUGCAGUGCAGAAAAUUAAUAUGGCCUCUAUUAGUGGCAGUCAGACAUUUUAUAUUGUAAGAAAUAUGACCAAAUAAAUGAAUUGUUUGCAUACGGGGCUUAAAUUUCAUUGCCAGUCAUAAUAAAUCAUCUUGGAAAAGACUAGUUUGCAGUGGUUUAUAGCUCAAUUCUACGUCUUCGAUUUAAAAUUUAAAUAUUUAAGUUUCUUAGGUUAACUGCAUGCUUUAUAAAAACUGCAAAGCCUGCCAGUAGAGUUUAUUUCUGCUUUCAUUCAGAUGCUAUCUACGUUUUAGUAAAUAUAAAUAUCUUCUAGUUGCUUCAUUUAAUUGCCUAACAAGAUUGCUGAAAAGAUUUCUAACAGAAACCCAAAUGGUAUGAUUUAACAAGUGGUUUUUACUUUUAAAAACUUUGGUUGCACACUGAUUUCAAGCUAUGCACAAUAACAGGGAUGUUCAUUUCAUAGUUGCCAGAGAAUCUCAGAUCAUUCUGCUCUACAAAAAUUGUGCUUUGCAGUUUCAGUUUAAUAUUUGAAUAUCCAAUUCAAUAUUUUUUUAAUUCAUAAAGAAUUUAUGCAAAAUGAAGUCACUGAAAAUAAAAGGUCUAAAUAUUUCUUAAAACACAUCAUGCAAUCCUACCAAGAAAUUUUAUUUAGUUAAAAGACUAUCAGGUUACACACAGAAUUGGAAAUUGAAUAUCCUGGAAAGAAUGUACUAAUUAAUCACUAGAGAUAAAAUCUUUUAUCAGAAAAGGAUGGAUUUGGCUAUUAAAAUAUGACAAAGAGGUCAAACUUCAGAAUUAAUACAAAGAAAAGAAUGGAUAUUUUUGUUUAUGAAACUUAUUUUUCUCAAUUUAGUAAGGCAUUGUAUUUGCUAAAAUGAAAUAGUUUAGCAAUUGCUAAUAAUCAGCAUGCAAAACAGGAAUUUUCAAUUUUUGAUUUACUGUGAUCACUAGUGCUAUUUUUACAGAAGUGUGUAUUAUUAAAAAACUACUUUGUUCAGGUGCACUCAUGAAUCUUUUUAUCCAAGAUAAUGACUGUUGAAACAUGACCAAGUUACUGUUCAUUUUAUAAUUUGAAUGUUGAAGUAUUGAAAUCCUCCUCAGCGCCUCUCUGAUAUCUGUGUCGAUGAUGUCCUCAACAAACCUCUGACUUAGCAAAAAAAUUGUAAUGGCACCCUUGUGU